CUCUUUCUGUCAGCUUCCAGUGCCGGAAUUUGAUCAUUCUCUGGUUAUUUUCUGGCCUGUUUUGUUCUAUUUUCUAUCUUCUUAAUCUCUUUACCUUACUUUCCCUUCCCUUCUCUCCGACUUUCUCAAUGCCCUGUGGGAAACUUACACGAAGCUGGCAAAGAUAUUCUCAUUGGAGAGGGAAACGGUGGUAUUACCUGUUUAAGGAUUAAUUUUAAUACCAUUAAACUAUAUUUAAUGUAGUUUUUGUUACUUUUUAUGUUGUUUUGUGUGCUAUUAAGCCUGAUUACUGUGCAGUUUAGCGGUAAAACUAUGUUUGUCGCAUGGGACCAUUCACGUUAUAUAGGAGAUCAUAAUGAGAGAGCUUCGUUUCUUUCUUUUAUCUUCUUGGAUGGUGUCCAACCCUAUUUUUUUGAAGAACAAAGUUGCUGUUUAAGGAAUAUGGGAGGAAGCAUGCAAGAACCAGGCAGCGGUUUAUCCUUGACCUAUUCUGAAAUUAUCAAAGGCAAGAUAUAGCUAGGUUCAAAGGAAGGAAAGAUGUGCUCUCUCUCUCUCUCUCUCUCCUCCUCCUCUCCCCUCCCUCUCUCCCUCCCUCUUGAUAGACUGUGUGCCAUUGCCACAAACCUUGCUAGUGUGGUUUGAUUUUUGUAAACAUCAACAAUACCAUUGAAGCCUAAAUAAAUGAAUUAUGAUUUA